AUGGGAAUUGGACUGUUUGCAAGAAUCAUCAAUUUUUUUCGAUUGAAGCCGCAUUUUAAAGAAUCCAAGUUUGAAUUUAUCAACAGAAGACAUACUCCAAACAAUGAUCAUUGGGAUAUAAUGGCCAGUAAAAAGAAAAACAAGACACAGAAAAAUGGUGGUGAUAAGAAUUUGGCAGCUAUAGGUAUAGUUGAUAUACACCAAGAGGAUCACAAGGGUAAAUGGCAUGAUGCACAAGAGGAGGACAUUGCACACGAAAAUGAUACAAAUGUGGAUUUUGGCAGUCCAGUUGUAAACGAAGAAGGAAAUUAUUCAUCAUCUAGUCCACAACAAAGUCAGAACAAGUCGGAUACAAAGGGCAAAGAGGACCUAGACGAAAUUGAAGCCGAAGAGUCGAAUGCUCAAAAUAAAGUAAUUGAUAAUGAUGAAGAGGGAAGCUCUGAUGUCGAACAAGAACAGGACGAGGACGAAGAAGAUGAACCACCAAAACUUAAGUACUCACGUAUCAACCAACUACCGAGUAACUUCUUUACCAAGGAUCCUGUAUCUUCAUGCUUCUUCCAUGAUAAAUAUUUUAUAUUUGCUACCCAUUCUGGUUUUAUUCACAUAUGCACAAACAACUUCACUGCUGUCCGUACAUUCAAAGCUCAUCGAGCAUCUGUUUUGAGCACAUACACAGAUGGACAGUUUUUUGCAUCCGCUUCCAUGGACGGGACUGUUGUCAUAGGUUCCAUUGAUGAUGAAAAAGAUAUCAUUGCGUAUGAUUUUCAAAGACCUGUGCAUGUAGUAGUACUCGAUAAUAAUUAUGCAUCAAAGAGGAGUUUCAUCAGUGGUGGAAUGAGCGGUAAAGUCAUCUAUUCAAGAAAAAACUGGCUAGGUAAGAAGGCAGAUUAUAUUAUUGAUCAAAAUAAUGGAGCCAUUGUCGGUUUGACAAUCGUUGGUGACUUGGUCAUUUGGAUGAAUGACAAGGGAAUCAAUGUGUUUCAUUUGAGUAAUAGAGCGUUGAUCAAAGUAUUGGAGAAACCAAGUGAUAGCCCAAGAAAUGACUUAUAUUGGCCGAGGGUAGCGCAACCUGACUCUGAUAGAUUAAUUAUUGCAUGGAGUAAUUACAUAUGGUCUUUGCGAAUAUCAUUGAAGGACGGGUCAACACUGGACAUAAAGGAUCAAGAUUCAGUGCCAGUACUUUCAUCAGGGAUGAGCAGGAUUUUACCAUCCACUGCUUCUAUUUCCUUUCGAGCCACCCAAGAAAAGAAGGUAGAAGUAGAGCAUAUUUUUAAACUAGACGACUUGAUUUGCGGGAUUGCAAGCUACAAAGAUGAUUUGUGGAUAGUCCUUACUUAUGAGCCACCAGUACGAAAGCCAUUUGGCGAAGCAAAUGGAGGAAAAGCAACAGAUAAUAAUCCUGAUUUGAAAUUGAUCAACUCUACAACAGGAGAGGUGGAGUUUGAAGAGGAGCUAGCUUUAAAGAAUAUCCAAAAUUUGGGAUUGAAUGAUUUUACAUUGGGGUCUCACAUUGAUCAAGUGCCAAAGUAUUUUAUUAUCAGUGCCAAAGAUGGAGUUGUUGCACAAGAAUACCAGUUACAUGAUAGGUUACAGUGGUAUUUGAUGAAGGAGGAUUAUUUACGAGCCUACGAGGUGAGUGAACACAUAGUGUCUCCCGUGAAACGAAUGAGCUUUGGUGUCCAGUACGUUGACCUGUUGGUAAAAGUGGAUGAGUGGGUGAAAGCUGCUGAUUUUUUGAGGUCUUUGUUACCGUUAAAAGAGGAAACAACAGUGGAUGAACAAACAAGCAGCCCCGAUGAAGACGCGGUUGCAAUUGAUUCUGGACUCCAUCCCAAAGAUGAAAUGCGAAGUGAGAUCAUCAGUCAAUGGCAAACAUGGGCACAUAUUUUCAUCAACAGUGGACACAUUGACAUAUUGAGUAAUGUUAUACCAAGUGUUUCGACAUUGCCCGCGGAAUUGUUCACAAAGAUAUUGAUUUAUUGGAUAGCAAAUGAACCACGAAAGGCGUAUGAAUUGAUUUGUAAAUGGCCUAUCGAGUUAUAUGAAGUUGCGACAGUUGAGUCUGAGUUAAAAAAGCGGGAAUCAGGUUUGGGAGACAAUAAUGGUGAACGCUAUAGCUUAGUUGAAGGAACACUUGUUAAGCUUUACGAUAAAAAGCUCCAACCACUCAAGGCAGUACCUCAUCUUGUGAAAUUAAAGGACAAAAACAUUGUUGAGUACUUGUCAAGGAAUCAUAUUUUGAAAAAUUUUGUACCUCAAUUACCCACAUUCAUCGAAUUACAAUUUGAUAACCCUGAUGCCAUUUCAAAAUGGCCAAUAGAUACACUUGGAGAGAAACUAUCACCAACGAUUGAUAUAUUGGUAGAUCACCGCCUCGAAAUUCCAUCCCAUGAUAUCGUUGAAUUGUUUAAAUCCCAUCCGCAUUUGUCAUUUAUCAAUUUCUUUUACUUAACCCGACUACAAGCUAUCGAUAAGCUAUUGGUGAGAGAUUACGGGGACGAGCUUAUUGAGUUGUACUCAAACUACUCACGUCGGGACUUACUUCCGUUUCUCAUGGCCAAUGAUGAAAACGAUGCGACCCAAAGCACUUAUGAUGUUGACGGGGCCAUCGAAAUUUGCCAGCAAAACAAUUUUUAUCAAGAGUUGAUUUAUUUGUUGGGCAAGAUUGGAGAAAAUAAGCAAGCGUUGAACUUGGUGAUUAAUAAGCUAGACGAUCCACAAAUGGCGAUUGAAUUUGCCAAGAGGUUGAAUGAUAAAGAUACCUGGAACUCUUUGAUUAAUCAGUCGUUGGAUAAACCCAAGUUUCUCAAGAUCUUGAUUGAACAAUCGGAUGAAUCUACAAACCCUUUUUACGAUCCUGUGAGUAUUUUGACUAAAAUCGCAACCAAAUUUGACGCAGGAUUAGUAGGUGAAGAUAAUGGUGAAUUGGAUGAAGUACAUGCGCAUAUAUACCGACAAUUGAGUCAAAGUAUAAUUGAAUUUUCAAAAAACAACGAUUUGAAUAAAUUGAUAAACCAGGUUGUAUUGAAGAUGAUUGAUCAAAGUUCGCAAGAGAUCUCUCAGUUUUUGAAGCAGUCUCUAUUGCAGGGACGACAAUAUGACAUGGAAAAGAAUGAUAAAACUUCAAGAAGAAUUGCUAACAGUUUGCAAAAUUGGGAGCCAAUAACAUUAAACUAA